CUUUGUAAACAUGCUUAAUAUAAUUUUUUAUAUUUAUUUUUAUCCAUAAUUUAAAUUUUGCUUGACUUUUUUUUGAUUUUUAGCACGAUUCAUAUUUGUUUGAGGUGAUGGAGGAGUUUACAGAGGAUGAAAUAGAAAAUUUUAUGAAAUUGGCUCUUGAAGAGGCCAAAAAAGCUCUGGAUAAGGAGGAAGUUGCAGUUGCCUGUAUCAUAGUUUCUAAGGCUACCAGAGAGGUAGUGGCUUCUUCGUCAAACGCUACAAACUUGACAUAUAAUUCCACUUGGCACUGUGAACUUGAGGCCAUAAAUAAGUUAAUUGACAUGGAACCAAACGGUUACAAGUCACAACAAGAUUCUGGGAAACUUAGAGAGUUUUGUUCAGGAUUUGUUCUGUUUGUUACCUGUGAACCUUGUAUUAUGUGUACCACAGCACUUCAACUCAUUGGUUUGACUGAAGUGUAUUAUGGAUGUAAAAAUGAAAAGUUUGGUGGUUGUGGUUCCGUUUUAUCGUUACACUUAUCGAAUGGUGAUCUACCUACUAUAAAGUGUUGUGGAGGUUUACUAUCAGAAGAGUCAGUAAAUCUGCUACAAACUUUCUACUCUAGAGGAAAUCCCAGAGCGCCAAAACCUUCCAGAAAACGAAAACUAAAGAGUUAAGUACUACCAAUAUUACGAAAAAAUGAAGUGUAUAAAAUGUAUAAAAAAUUAGUCCUUUUUCUUAGAUCUUGUAUCAAGACUGAGAAGCCUCGGUUUGAGCUUCUCCAUUAAUUUUACAAAAUGAUCGUAAUCGCACUCUCCGUCUGAGAAAAACAAAUCGCCCAGUGGUAAUGUGUAGGUUUCAGCUUUAUUCUUCAAACCUCCCUUUUUAUAUUCUAAUUUUUAAUUAAUUUGUA